UUGCUCGGUUCCGUCGUCAUCUCCCAGGGAGGUGUUGUUCCCCAUAUCGACCCUUCCUUGCUUCCCACAGCAACGAAAAAGGGCAAGGCUCAGGCCGAAGACUAAGACUUGUACCGUUUCCUCAGCAUCACUAUUGCGUCUGUAUUUAUCAUCCACUUGUAUUCUCUUAUCGAUUUAUGAUAAUCGACCGCAUUUCGAUCCGAUCUACCAUCCAUCCCUAUCUCGACAGGAGAAAUCAGGCGUACGCUUGCUCGUUGAAGCCCGGCAAGAUGACCGCAGUACCAUGGUCCUCCUUCUGGUUUUGCGCCGUUGUUCGUUGCCACUUCUGCUUCGCAAACGUCCAAUCUGCUCGCGAUCAGCACGGACAUGAGUAGCAUUGACACGCUCCUGACUUGCCUUCCAUCGUGGGCACAGGGUUGCCGGUCUUUUCGA